AGCUAUUUAGGUCAGAACAAUCGUAAACAGAAACGGCUGGAGCAGAAGAAGCUCUCAAAUGAAAAAAAAAUCCCAUAGUAUACUGGAUUGCAAAGCCUGCAAUAUACUAUGGAACAGAGAUGCAAAUGCAAGCAGAAACAUGCUCGAUAUCUCUUGGGCUAUUUGUAGAGGCAAAGAAAGACCCUCAGUUUUCACAAGAAAAGCCGCCGUAGAGAUCACGGUUCCCUUCAACAGAGUUUAGACAUUUACAUGUAGAUGCUUUAUCCAAACUCAGUAUAAAAUACGAAAUCUAGGUAUAUAUGACUG